CGAACCCCACAAGAACACGCAGAAGCUGUUCUCGACUCUUCGUUUUCCUUCGGUUUCCCAAAAACAAAAUCCCUUCAGCUUUCCGUCUGCUCUCGAAACAGUUCCACCUUGUCUACUGAAUCCGGUUUUCUCCAAUGUCAGGCGUUUCGAUUGCUCGGAUUCGGGGAGAGAAUCGGUUCUACAACCCACCAGCUGUACGACAACGGCAGCAGCAGCAGCGACAAAAGCUACAGGAAGAGAAGCAUCAGAGGCAGUCGGUGGAUUCAGACGACUGUGCGACUUCAUACAGUUCUGGUUCGGGUCGGGAAGUGGUGAGCGAUGCUACGAAUUUGGAUCGAUUUUUGGAGUACACCGCACCUGUGGUUGUGGCCCAGUAUUUUCCGAAGACAAGUGUGAAGGGAUGGAGGACUCGUGAGUCAGAAUUACAUCCAUACUUUGUGCUUGGAGAUUUAUGGGAAUCCUUCAAAGAGUGGAGCGCUUACGGUGCGGGUGUUCCUCUUUUGUUGAAUGGGAGUGACUCUGUUAUCCAGUACUAUGUUCCUUACUUGUCCGCUAUUCAGCUCUAUGUAGACCCAUCAAAGCCAUCAACGAGAACAAGACAUGAAUGUCAUUACGUGGGGAAACUGUCGGAGCAAAAUUUGAAUUUAGUGAGGAGGCCUGGUGAUGAGAGUGAUGCAGAGUCAUCGAGGGAGACAAGUAGCAACGGCAGCAGUGAUUAUGGAACAGAAAGAGGAUUUAACAAUGUUCCUUAUAGUGCUUUAAGUUGGCAGAAUGCUGCAGAUGUAAAUGGCCAUGGUUGGAAUAAAACCUUCCCGAGAAAUAAACCCUUAAAUGGUUCCUCAAGUGAUGAAAGUGGUGAGGCUUGCAACCCUAGUCAGCUUAUAUUUCAUUAUAUGGAGCAUGAUCAACCAUUUGGUCGUGAACCUUUGGCUGAUAAGAUUUCAGUUCUUGCAUCUCAAUUUCCAGAGCUGAGGACAUACAGGAGCUGUGAUUUAUCACCUUCUAGUUGGCUUUCUGUAGCCUGGUAUCCGAUAUAUAGGAUACCUACAGGUCCAACAUUGCAGAGCCUAGAUGCAUGCUUCUUGACCUUUCAUUCCCUAUCGACUCCCACAAAGGGUGCAAGCGCUGAUGAACUUCAGUGUGGUGGUGCACGAGCUAGAGACAACCAAAAUGCCGAUUUCAAACUAUCAUUGCCAAUCUUUGGGCUUGCUUCGUACAAGUUCAAGGUUUCCUUUUGGAAUCCUAAUGGAGUUUACAAAUGCCAGAAGGCUGAUUCUCUAUUGCGAGCAGCUGACAACUGGCUCAGGCGAUUGCAAGUUAAUCAUCCUGAUUUCAAUUUCUUUGUGUCGCACAGCAUUCCAAAGAGGUGAGAAGGGAAUUUAUCUAUAAUCAGCUCGCAGUUAUCAUCCCAGUGUAAAAGGGAUAAAACGUACUGAUGACAAAAACUCUAGUCACUGGCCAGUUUUUCAUGUUAUUGGUUGGAUAUCAGUUCGCACUCCUGUCGUUAUAUUACAUAGACUUGGCCCUUGAUAUCUUAUAUUAUCAUCAAAGCAGAAUUAAGAGUGAUUUUGGCUCUGUGAGGGCUUUGGAUAGGCUGAAAGAAGAAUAGUGAUGACAUUAUCGUUAAUAAAGGCCUUUUAAUUUGGGGAGUGUGCUUCAGAAUGGGCGUCAUGUAUUGCAUCAGGCAUUAUGAUUACGACUCUUCUUAGUCUAUUUGCUGUAUCGCAGUUUGGCAGUUUAGGUGGAAGGAACAUAUGUCAGUAGCUGUUUGACAAUCUUCUGUUACUGUUUAGUUGAUGACGAUGAAAAUAUAUUAACUUAUAAUUGUUUAUAUAUCUCCGUAUAUGUAGAGGUGCCUUUUGUUUA